ACUUGCGGCGGCAGGCGGGAAGCGAAGACUGUCUGUCGAGAUGUCACAUGCACCCCCCCUUAUCGGGUUCGUCGCCGUCAAUUGGUCGUUCGCGGGGCUAGGAGACAACCGAGAGGGUCGUAGCGAGGACUAUCGAGAGUUAGAAUCGUGGACUUUGGCGAUCAGCAAAGCUCGAAAGUCGCGGGCCUGGGGGACGUUGCGACGGAGGGAUCCGCACUGGGAGAAGCAGAGAGGCAUACCGGCAGAGGUGGUCUAAAAUUGGGCGACGUUUUCCUUCUCCAUGACAAGACCGUGAUCCCCCCUUACCUUCGCUGACGGGGAAAACGGACCGUGCACGGUCCACCAAAUGGAACACGACAUACGCGGCUCUGCGAAGCUGUGGGUCGGUGGUCACCUUUUAACGUUUAUUUGGCGUGGACAGCCAGACGACUUCCAAGCUUCCAGACACCUUCAGUGAACAAGCCGGAGUCGAAUUUUCAGGUUAUCCUCCCAGUUCACAAUGUCUCAACUCAACACAUCAACCACCGCAGCUCCCAAAUGGGUCUCCGCCCUCCAAUCUCCUCCCCCUGCCAGAGCGAAGAACAAUGCGAUUGCCGACCCUCCCGGCUUCCAGCCGCAAGGUCCAACAAGCUCCUCCAAGAAACGUGAUGCUGCCAAGGACUCGAAGACACAGCAGCGGACCCCCCCGACGCCAGAGGAGGUAGAUACGCUGAAGCUCAAGAAGGCGUGGGAGGUUGCGCUCGGGCCAAUCAAGAACUUGCCAAUGACGGCGAUCAUGAUGUACAUGUCGGGCAACUCGCUGCAAAUAUUCAGCAUCAUGAUGGUAUUGAUGGCCUUCAAGAACCCGGUCAUGGGAGUGCUGGGGACCAACCAGGCGUUUGAGAGGUUCGAGACGGGAAGCAAUAGGGACAAGAUUCUGCAGGUGAAACUGGUAUACAUUGUUAUGCAGUUGGUUGCACUGGCACUGGGGAUAUGGAAGGUUAACGCCAUGGGGCUAUUACCGACAACAAGAUCAGACUGGCUUGCGUGGGAACCCCAAAGAGAGCCGUUGGAGUUUGCUGUACCUGCAUUAUAGACACCUUACUGGGCAAAGUCAUUCCGCCGAUUUAACAUUUCUGGGCUUCUGAAUUAACUCGUGGCUUCCACACCCGUUGAUCAUUGAGUUGUUGUUCCCGGUAUCUGCAUCCGUGUUGCUAACUUUGAUACGAUUUAUACGAAGGACGGUGACAAUAAAGUUGAAGGGAAUCAGUCAAACAUGCAGCCAGCUCCUUAUCUAUGCCGCAUCUCUAAAUUUCCAGUCUGGACGUGCAGAGCGAGCCUCUUUCCUCAUAGCGACCGUAAGGAAUGGAUGCGACAGUGGCGAUAUCAGUCUCUUUGACCGGGCUGCAGAUAACAAAACGAAUCACGACGACGUCGAAGAAUCAGAG